AUGGUUAAACUCACCACAAACUAUCUUCUCUUUGACCUCGAUGGUACUUUAGUCAAUUCCACUCCUGCGGUGGAACAGACCUGGCAUGAUGUGGUGGAGAAACAUAACAAGACAUACCCUGCAAAUAUUAUUGAUCCAGUAGAGUUUCUCGCAUCAGCCCAUGGAGCUAGGACUGUGGAGUCUUUCCUGAAGCAUUUUCCUUAUAGACGGAACACACCCGAAGAAAUCAACGACUUUGAAUUUGGGAUCGUGGCAAACUACGGACAUUUGGCCAAAGCAGUGGAUGGAGUGCCCGUUUUACUUAAGAUACUCAAUGAUGACUUUCAAAAUAGUUGGGCAAUUGUUACUUCUGGUACAAAAAAAUUGGCUCACGGUUGGUUCGAAAUGUUGUUCAAGUGUUAUCUGAAACCUCCGGUUUUCAUCACGGCUAACGACGUAAGCAAUGGAAAACCCGAUCCAGAAGGAUAUCUCGCCGCAUUUGAACAACUAAAUGAAAAAAAUGCAACUGAACUGCAAAGUACUACGGCAAUUGUUUUCGAAGAUGCGCCAACAGGGAUUAAAGCAGGCGUUCAAGGCGGGUUCACAGUAGUGGGUCUUGCUACCACUUUUGGAAAAGACGUUCUUACUGCGGCGGGUGCGUCGUACGUGAUUUCAGACAUGUCCAAAUUAAAACUCAAUCGAGUUAAUGAUUCAGUACAAGUGGAACUCGACAUCCUUUAG